UCACCCGGCCUAUCACAACUUUCUCUCCUCUCUACCUCUGUCGCUUCGCUCCGUGUUUUCUCAACACACUCAAUCAUAUACACAUACACAACAGUAAAAAAUAUUACCUCUAAUGCCAGUGCAGUGCGCGUCCAAUUGUACGUAGGGUGUAGAGAGUCUUGUGCAUUUCGACAAACAAAACGUAACGAACGAUCUAUAUUUGUUUUUGUCAUCCCCCUUUCUUUUCUCUUCGUCUUCUCGCUGCCUCUCAAAUACGAUAAGAAAUCCGGAAAAUCCCCCCCCCCCCUUCCUAUUUUUUUUAAAUUUCAUUUAAACGUACGUGAAAGGUUUGUGCAAAGGAAAAUUUUUUUUGGUGCGUGACACGACGACGAUGACGGCAACGACGACGUCGAUGAUGACGACGGCGGCGACGACGAUAUUCAGCUGAAUAGAGCGCGACGAGCAAAGAGCAAGAAAAACGAGAGUAUACACAAGCCAAUUCAAGAUGAGGGGUGGACGAGAAAUGUAGGCGUAAUAUAUUGAAAAAUAAGGGCCGCAAAUACGGAUCAGCAGCAUCUCGUAAGAGAACGACGAAGAAGCCGGAGGCAUCCAGCCUCGUCCCUUCCAACGUGACCUCGACGCUGCAGCUGCUGUCGUCACCGCGGCGAGCUUCUUCGUCUCCUCGAUUGCCCUCGAACGAUCAGCCUACCCUCAGCUUGCAAAACUGCUGCUAAACAAAGAUGCGGCGUCAUCAUUAUCAGCAGCAGCACGAUGAGAAGCUCAACAGACAGCAGCAACAGAAAAAGAAGAAGCACGAGGAUCAGUCGAGUGGGUGGCGAGGAGGAGAAGGAGAAGGAGGAGAUGGAGGUGGUGGUGGUGGUGGUGGUGGUCGUGGUGGUACAAGGCGGCGUAUCUCGACAACAGCAGCAACGACUUGGCUGGUCCUCGUGGCACUCGGCUUUGGUAGCCUUGACCUACACGGGGCGUACGGCUCACCUUCUCACCGCGGCAGACAUCACGCGGCCUCGGAUCUUAGCCUGCAACAGCAUCAGCAGGAUCAAUCGAUCGAGCAGGAGCCGCUGCCGCAACCUCAACGACUCGCCGCAGCGGCCCAGUCAACUCCCCAGCCGCUGCCACAGCCGCAACAUCAAACCCAGGACGAUGACCCGCUCGUCGUCUUGACGAAGAAGGGGUUCGUCAAGGGCACUACCCUCACUGCUAGGACCGGCAAGAAGGUUGAUGCUUGGCUCGGUAUACCUUAUGCGCAAAAGCCUAUUGGUGACCUGAGGUUCAGGCAUCCGCGGCCGGCGGAAAAGUGGGAAGGCAUACUGAACACGACCACGCCACCGAACAGCUGCGUUCAGAUAGUGGACACGGUGUUCGGUGACUUCGAGGGCGCUCAAAUUUGGAAUCCAAACACUCAGCUGAGCGAGGACUGCCUUUACAUUAACGUGGUCGUGCCGAAGCCAAGGCCUACCAACGCUGCCGUGAUGUUGUGGAUAUUUGGCGGCGGCUUUUACUCGGGCACGGCGACACUAGACGUGUACGAUCACAAGACACUGGUGUCGGAGGAGAACGUGAUAAUGGUGUCGAUGCAGUACCGCGUGGCGAGCCUGGGCUUCCUCUACUUCGGCACCCCCGACGUCCCCGGCAACUCCGGUAUGUUCGAUCAGGUGAUGGCGCUGCAGUGGGUGCACGACAAUAUCGCCGCCUUCGGCGGCAGCCCCGACAACGUGACGCUGUUCGGCGAGAGCGCCGGCGCCGUCUCGGUGUCGAUGCUGCUGCUCUCGCCGCUCUCCAGGAACCUGUUCAGCCAGGCGAUAAUGCAGUCGGGCUCGGCGACGGCGCCCUGGGCGGUCAUAUCGCGAGAGGAGUCGAUAAUGCGCGGUCUACGGCUCGCCGAGGCGGUCGGCUGCCCGCACGACGCCAGCAAUCUGCGCGGCGUGAUCGAUUGCCUAAUAGCCGUCGACCCGAAAGUCCUGGUGGAGGGCGAGUGGGGCACACUCGGCAUCUGCGAGUUCCCCUUCGUGCCGGUCAUCGACGGCGCAUUCCUCGACGAGACGCCGCAAAAGUCCAUGCUCACCGAGUCCUUCAAGAAGGCCAACAUCCUCAUGGGCUCCAACACCGAGGAGGGCUUUUACUUUAUCAUCUAUUAUCUGACCGAACUCUUCAGGAUCGACGGCACGGAGGACGUGAAAGUGUCGCGGGAUGAAUUUAUACGGGCCGUCAGCGAGCUCAACCCCUACGUCAGUCCCGUCGGCCGGCACGCCAUCAUCUACGAGUACACGGACUGGCUGCGACCCGACGACCCGGACGCCAACAGGAACGCGCUCGACAAGAUCGUCGGCGACUAUCACUUCACGUGCAACGUCAACGAGUUCGCGACGAGGUACGCCGAGACCGGCAACAAGGUCUACAUGUACUACUACAAGCACAGAUCGCUGAACAAUCCGUGGCCGAGGUGGACGGGAGUCAUGCACGCCGACGAGAUAAGCUACGUCUUCGGCGAGCCACUCAACCCGAGCAAGGGCUACACGCAAGAAGAGGUUCACUUGUCCAAGAGGAUGAUGAGAUACUGGGCGAACUUCGCUAAAACUGGCGACCCGAACAUGGGCGACGACGGCUCGUCGUGGACGGAGGUCAACUGGCCGAUUCACACGGCGCAGAGGAAAGAGUACCUGACCCUGGACACUAACUCGACGGAAAUAGGCUACGGUCCGCGCGCCAAGCAAUGCGCAUUCUGGAAGAAGUAUCUGCCUCAGCUGCUCUCUGCCACUGCAAAGCUGGAUCAGUCAAAGGAGACCUGCAGCGGUUCACGGCCAAGUGUAGUGCUGGACACACGUGGUGCGUGUUUGAUGCUGCUGUCACUGGUAACCAUUGGUCUACGGGCAUUAUCAAGUUCCUCGCAGCUAUGGCCUCAAGCUAACGGGCCUGUCUAGCUCGCGGCCCCCGCAACGACAGCCAUUACCAGCCAAUCGACCAUCGCCGGACAGCAACAGCAGCAACACUGACAUAUCAGCAGCAGCACGCUUCUUCCUCUUCUCUCCUCCGCGUUCUAGGGACGAAACAUCUUCUGUUUUCUUUUCUCUCUCACGAUCAAACACACACACACACCUACACACACACACGCACACGCACACACACACGCACACACAUACACAAGUCCUUUCUAUUAUUAUGACUAUGAGGACUCUUCCUAUCCGUUUUUUCGACGUGCUUUUUCUACUAUACUCGUGUCUAGGAUAUAUGCAUAUGUACUCGCAUUAUAUAUGUAUAUCGUCACACGAGGGUACUUCCGACGUUACGAGAAAUUUUUUGUACGAGUGAGUGACCAUUGUUCGUGACAUCUAUACACAUCUAACGAGUACUAUUAUUAUUAUAUACAAGUAUCACGAGAUUUGUAUGUGUCGUUAGAUAACAUAAAAAAAAAAAAUAAUCGCUUGCGUUUCGUUAGCAGAACAGCUGCCACACUAAUAUUUCGGGUCGCAGUUUAAAAGUGCUUCCGAACGUCUCUCUUCAACUUCUUUUGGUUUGCAUGUGUGCGCGUGUGAAUCGAGCGUCGUUUCACUUCAUGCUGUGGAUAAUCGCGAAAGAACAACUGUCUGCUCUUUCGUCGAAAUGCUCCACGCAUAUUUACGUAGGCACCAAGUGACAGCAACGAAUGAUACGCAACGCCUAUAUUUAUAUAUAUACACGAAAACAAGCACCAAGAUUGUACGAGCAUUGGGGUUAUUAUUUCUCUGCUGCUCAUCUCCGCGGUAAUCGAGAUUCUAUUUUCAUGCAUUAAUUGAAAAUCGAUGGCUUUGAAAAAGAUUCUCCUUGUUUUUCCAUGAAAUAUUUAAUUGGAGAUGAAGUUCAAUCGAAUGAACGACGAUUCAAUUUCGCUCGUUUGAUAAUUGAGGUUAACGCCGAAGAAGAAUGUAAAAAUAUCGCCGAAAAUGAUUCAACCCUCCUCGUAUUUCAUUUCUUCGUUGUAUUUACGAAUUAAUCCGAAAAGAAAUAUUCAGCCACUCGACGAAAUACGAUACAUAUCAAAUCGCGCUGAGGUUUCCAUUGAUGCAGAAAACAACGUCUGACUGAACAUUGACCCAUUUCACUGAAACUCGCCUAACUCGAAAAAAGUAACGUGCAUACACUCACAAUCGAAAAACAGUGGUUGCGAAGCACAUUCUACUGCAAUUAGCGUUGCGUUAAUGGCCUAUACGAUCGUAUUUGGCCCGGAUAAGAGUAUGUAAUCCGUGAAUACACACACACAUACACGCAUGAAUAAAUCGGUCAGCAUCGUUUUUUCGGCAGUCGAAUAGCAAAGCAUUAAUUUUUUCCUUUUUUUCCGUCGACGGCCGAUAAUUAGCAAGAGACUUACAUUCGAAAGAAUCUUUUGGUAGAUACGAGAGCGCUAAUGUAACGCUCCGCGGGAGGGCUAAUUACGCGCCUGAUUGAAUUGCAGAUGCGGACAAAAAAACGCUAAUUAACACUCUUCGCUCGGGCGCGUGCAAGAGCACGAAAAAGCGAGGGACUCGCUAAUUAUCGUCGACGUUCUUUUCGUUCGUUGUAAUGCUGAUUUACAUGCGCGUGCGGGGGCAACAAACAAAGCGGCGUUAAUAUACUCGUACUCUUUUACAUUGUUACGAUAGUUGACCUACAUCCUCGUUUUUCUUCCGUUUCUUUCUGCACCGUGAUAUUAAAAAACAGACCUGAGAGGAUGUUCACGCUAACGAAAAUCCGACGAGGAAUAGAAAAAAAAAGAAUGAUAUAUAAGAAGUCAUCUGACAUAAUUGCUUUGUAAAAGUAUCAGAAUAAUAAUAUACAUGUGAUGCGACCUUAAAGAGAAUUUAUAAUGAGUAACGAUGUUAUCAUAAGGAAUAGUAAGUUAAACUUACUAUUAUUAUACACUUGUUACGUCCAAUUUUAUCAAAGAUAAAAUCAAUACAAUCAGGUAUGUUAAUUAAAUGAUAAUUGUGAUAAUCUCAUAAACGCAGUUUUUCAUACUUCCUAAAUGGGAUUUAGCCGAAGAAGACAAAAAAAGAAAAUGAAAAAAAAUAAAUAAAUAAAUAAAUAACAAUAAACUCUGACGCAGAUAUUGGUUCAUAAUUUCCUUCUCUUCGCGUAUUCCGUGAGGAUACGUAAAACAAACGAUUUGCCACGUAAAUUGAAUGAAAACCCGACAGAUGGUCGUUAAACAGCAAAAUACAUUUAAUUUUUUGUAAAUAAAACUGAAUAGGCUAACAAUUCUGUAAUGACAAUUAUUCAAGCUGAUAGAAUUUAAUGUUGGUCGGCGAUACAGAGAAAGGCCUAGUCUCGAGCAGCAAUAACUAUAUGAUAACGUUGAAGCUCGAAACUCGUUGUACUCUUUCGUUGAGCACUGUUGUCGAUGGUUGGCGAAGAACAAUAUAAAAAAGUAUUAAAAAUAAUAAACAAAGCAAGUAAAACAAGUAUUGUAACUCGAAUAGUCGUAUAAAACAAAACUUUUUAAUCCCCCCAUCCUCAUUAUGCAACAAACUUAUAUCAAAGAGAACUCGAAAGUAUAUUCCUACUAUUUUAUAUUAGCUAAGAUUUUACUUGCUUUUCUUUUCAAUAAGCAAACAAGAGAAAAGAUAAAGAGAAUGUCGUCGUUGUGUGAGUGUCGCGCGCAAAUGAGAGCGAGAGAACAUUUGUUUUUUUGUGCUAAUAAUGUGCUUCUACAUAUAGAGAAUACGUAAGAGAAUUAAAGUAAAGAAAGACACGAAAUAAACUUCUGUCGGAUAUCUUCUUCCUCGCGACAGAAGCGUUUUUAUUAUUAAAGAAGAAAAAAGUAAUCAAGCAUAUUAUACGAAUAUAAGAACACGAGAUAUUCUACGUAAGGGACGUUUUUAUUGUUUCCAUCUAAAACAACAAAAAAUGAAGCCAUUCUCCUCCAGUGUAUAAAGCAUAUACAUAUUAUGAACUAUCGUAACUAUAAAUAACUCAAAGUGAAAGAUAAAAGUGAAUACGUAUAUAAGUAAACGCGCAAGCUUACUUUUAAGUAUGUAGAGUGUAUAGUAUACAGAGGGGAGAGAGAGAGAGCCAGAGAGCAAAGAAAAAAAAAGGACAACAAAAUUUCAUGAGUCUACUGUGUUUGUACAUAAUAAACACUUUGUCACACUGUUAUAUUUAUUAAAAAGAUGAGACAGAUUAAAGGAAAACAAGUAUUAUUAAGUAUUGAGGAAAGAACAACAUUUAUUGGCAUAUAAAUAUCGAAAAAACAAUUGAUCGAAGAAUACGAUAUGACACACAGGGGUGGUGACGAAAAGAUAAAGCGAAAAAAAUUGAUUACAUUAAUUAUAGUUUAAGUGAUUAUUAAGCUAAUUAUUAUAUAAAUAUAUAUAUAUAUACAGGGUGGCCCAUUUUAAGUGAUCCACUCAGAUAUCUAGAUUGGAGUGAGUUUUAUCGAAAAAAGUUUCAGACAAAAGUUACUCAACUUUGAGGGGGCCAUGUUUCUAUGACCUUGGAUUUGACCUUGGAGGUCAUGUUCAAGGUCAUUUCAAGGUCAACUUUGUUUUUUUAAAUAGGAACCCCCAUUUUUGACCCCGGAUUCGGAAAGAGCGGGAAAUUUUACGUCCAAAACGGUAUUUUUAAAUUUUUUUUCAUGGCCUAGAGAAGGUCGAUUCAAAUCCGACGUUUGGAUAAGGUAUUGUGUUGAGUUUCGCGCUAUGUGCGAAUCCGGGGUCAAAAAGAGGGGUUUCCAUUACAAAAAACACUUCGACCUUGAAAUGACCUUCAAAAUGAGGUUAAAGGUCAAAGGUUUUUGGUGCAUUGGGUGGCCCACUCUAUUCUGAACAAAUUUUGUAGAGGUCAUUUUUCGAUAUCUUAAAAAUUAAAAAAACGCUUUUAGGCAGUUUUUCAAGCAUUUGACCUUAAAUCGACCUUCUCUAGGCCAUGAAAAA